UUUAUUUUCCUCUUCAGUCCUCCCAACCUUCAAAAAUAAAUAAUAAAAAAAAAAAAACCCUUCCCCUUUGAAUUCCGUACACCUCCCCUCUCUCCCCUCUUAAUUUCUCUAGAAUUUCAUUUUGAAUAGAGUUCCCUUCAGUCAAGAACACACUCUGUAUAUAGAUAUACAUAAAAAGAUUGAAUCUUUUUUUUUCUUUUUAAUAAAGAUUCAAUUUUUUUUCUUAUUUUUUGUAUAGACAGUUAGAAAAUAAACUUUGGAAAAAGAUUGUCUUUCAAUGGCAAACCCAUCUGGGACAAAUAAUCAAGAUGGCAAUCAAGCUCCUUCUUCAUUCAAUGGAAACAAUCCAAGUAAUGGUAAUUCGGACCCUUCUUCUGGUUCUUCUUUGAAGCACAAUCCUGGUAUAUCAACUGACUGGACUUUUGAAGAACAGACAAUUCUUGAAGAGGGAUUGGUAGAUUUUGCAGAGGAAACAAACGUAGUACGUUAUGCAAAGAUAGCUAUUAAUCUACCAAACAAGACAGUCCGAGAUGUUGCUUUGCGUUGCAGAUGGAUGAAUAAAAAGGAACAGAGCAAGCGAAGGAAGGAAGAUAAUCUAGCACGUAGAAGUAGAGAUAAAAAGGAAAGACAUGGUGAUCCUUCUGCAAAGACUUCUAACUUCAUGGCUGCCCGCCCCAGUGUUUCUCCAUUUGCAACUCCAAUGCUGCCACUGGAAAGUGAAGAAGGCAUCUCAUAUGAUGCAAUUGGUGGAGUUACAGGAGACCUUCUUAAGCAAAAUGCACAGAUUCUAAAUCAAAUUUCUGCAAACCUUGCAAGUUUUCAGAUACAGGAGAACCUCAAUCUUCUCCGCCGAACGCGUGACAACAUCCGCAAAAUUAUGAACCAGAUGAAUGAUGUGCCAGAACUAAUGAAGCAGAUGCCACCACUUCCAGUCAAGUUGAACGAUGAUCUAGCUGACACCAUCCUUCUGCCUCCAAACCUUCCUAGGCCAUAAUCAUCUUCAGUCUGUUCACAAGGCAUGAUCAAACCUUCUAAUGCAAGCAUCAAUCUGCCUGUAGAAAAUAACUGCCACCAAGCUGACCAUCAUUUUCCAAUGUGAAAUGCCCUCCUAGUUCAGCAUGCCAUUAACUGCAAUGGCUUUUAGUUUUUUUUUUUUAAAAAAAAAAAAAAAACUCCCCCCCUCGUAUAUUUUUACUUCGAUGUAGUUUAUGGCUAGAAAGCAGGGAAUGAAGAAUAAUAAUAACUAGUGUUGGAUGUCAUUAGCUGUCUUGAUGAAAAAUUUGUGCCUUUACCUUCUGAUUAGAGUGUUGUGCUAAGUAAAUAUUAAGGCGCUUUCUUUGUGACAUGAAAACUCCGGGGAAGUUUGUGGAGUUUGGUGGGCGUAAUUUAGAUAAUCUUCUGUCGCAA